AUAGCUGUCUGCCAGAAUGUGGCUCUGAGUGCAGAGGACAAGCUUCUUAUGCGACACCGGCUGCGGAAACACAAGAUCCUAGUGAAGGUCUACCCCAACCAGGUCCUGAGGCCUUUCCUGGAGGAUUCCAAGUACCAAAACCUGCUGCCCCUUUUUGUGGGGCACAACAUGCUGCUGAUCAGUGAAGAGCCCAAGGUCAAGGAGAUGUUACGGAUCUUAAGGACUGUGCCAUUCCUGCCGCUGCUAGGUGGCUGCAUUGAUGACAUCAUCCUCAGCAGGGAGGGCUUUGUCAACUACUCCAAGCUCCCUAGCUUGCCCCUGGUGCUGGGGGAGCUUGUAGGAGGCCUCACCUGCAUCACGGCCCAGACCCACUCCCUGCUCCAGCACCAGCCCCUCCAGCUGACCACCCUGUUGGACCAGUACAUCAGACAGCAACGCAAGGAUUCUGCUGUGUCAGCCAAUGGGAAGCCAGAUCCUCCUGACCAUGUUCCAGACUCGUAGCCAGCCUGUUUAGUCAGCCCUGCCUAUAAAUACACUCUGCCCUAAAAAAAAAAAAAAAAAAAA